AUGUCUUAUCCCGACUUACCACCUCUACCAAAAAGCCUCGCUGCUGCUGUUUUGCCCGAGGGUUCGAACUUAAUUCAUGUCGAAACGCCGAGUACAUCGUCGAGUGCACGCAAUUUGCCUCAACGAGACACUUCCGAUGGACCCAAUAGAUACGGUAGCUUAUCAUCGACAGCCGAUUCCGUAAGCAGCGGCGAAGCUAGCAAAUCACCAACAGUAUCAUCGACAGGAACAACGUCAAACGAAAGUAAUAUGGACACGCAAUUGGCAACACUUCGGCAAGAAAUGCACAAUUUACGACAAAUGGAUUUAUCAUUACUCACUCAGCUGUGGGCCUUGAACGAAUCGAUCCAAGGCUUUCGGGCUCGUUUAGAAGAAAGCAAAUCAUCUCGAUCGCCUUCACCAAGAAAAUCGUUUGGUUCGGAAGGAGAGAAUGACUUUAAAAGCAUUUCUGCUGUUCCACUGAUAGAGCGAGAGUCUGCUUCUAGCAGCAGUAGACACAUGCAACAUGGCGGCUCGCGUGGAAAUCGACCGACAACGAUGCCGACAAAACCUAGAGGCGAUGUGCCACAUUUGAUGAUGGGCGGUAAUCAUUUUCCCGAAAAGGCUGCUCGUAAGUCUCGUCCCAAAAAAAAUCUAUACGAUUAUCCUUAUGAGGAAAAUCAUUUGCUAACUGAGACAAAACACCAACAACAACAACAACAGCAGCAGCAACAACAGCAACAAGCCAAAGUUUGUACACGAAAUCGUGUUUCGAAUGUUGUUGGACAGCAGCAACAAAUAUGUUCAAAUAAAGAUCUUCCACACUAUGCAAUUUCAAAUGUUCAUAACUUGCAAUCGCCUAGUGGAGCCAUUUUGCAUCAGCAUCAACAUCAGCAACUGGCACAAAAGCAGCCGCAUCAGCAGACCCACAUAAAUCAUAAACUGCCUGUGCAAUGGGUGCCACCUUCUUCGAAUUCGCAUGCAAAUAAUAAACCAUCUAAGGGCGCCAUUCCGAAAAUUCUAUCAAUAUUACAACGCAAACAACGAGCUCCUCCGCCACCACCUCCAUUCCUACAUAAAUCGCCACAAAGACCUGUUUGAUCAUCAAAGGCUAAUUUAUGUUUAUUUCCUCAACAUCAAUUAUAUCUUAUUAUUACUUUUAUAUUAUUAAAUUAAAACGAAAAAAUUAUAUAUCACCCUCUUCAUUGGGCCCUUGUCAAUUAAUUCUAAUCCCUAAAAAAGUUCCAGUACUUAUUUACAAAAGUUACAACUCUAUAAAAAUUAAAAAAAAAAAAACAAAGAUAAUAGAAUCGCAAUCGAAUUGCAAAAGCUAUAAUACGAAUACAUAUAGCUAUUUUCUUUUAUAAAUUACCUAUUAUAGUAUAUGCAUAUAUAUUACAAAAAAAAAAAUAAUAAUUACAAUAAUAAGGUAUAAUGCAGUUGAUUUUUUAUACCGAAUUAUUAUUCAUGGUUGAAAAAAAAAAUAAAUAAUAAUAAAUAAUUAAAUCUUAUAUGUAUAACAUUUUUGAAAAGCUUCAUCAUGUUACAAAAAAAAUAAAGUAAAAAUGUAAUCAAAUUAUAAAUAACACUAAGCGACACCUUUAGCAUAUAGCAUUGUUAAAUUCUCAUUACUGUUUAAGCUAAUUAAUAUUAAUAUAAAAAAAAAUGUCAUACUGAUUAUAAAGAAAAAAACCAAAAACAUUAAUUUAUUUAAUAUUUAAAGGAAAAUAAACUUUUAAAAAGUCAAGUUUAUUACACAAUCUAUUGUAAUCGUUAUUUUUUAACUUACCUUUAGAAAAAAAGAACUAUAGUACAGUACCUUGCCAUAUUAUUAGGCCCAAGCGGAGAAAAUACAAUUUUUUGCUUCAUGUUGCUGAAUAUUUAAAGUUUUUGUCGAAAUAUCUUAAAUUUUUUUCUGUAUCAUUUACUUACACUUAUCAUGUAGAUACGGAUUGACUUAAAAAAAGUUAAAGAAUUCAUAAAUUUUGAUAUAAAAUAACGUGCAAAAGGGAAUAAGCUCCAAAAGAAGUUUCCUAUGGAAUUCAUGACCGGAAAAUUUCCAAACGGAACCAAUACUUUAAUUUUGGUAUCGAGGUAUGACGUGACUUUGUUAACUUUAUGGCAAAAGUCCCUUUUUGCAUAAUAUUCUUAGAUUUGGGGCAGGUUUUUCCUUCGACGAGCAGAGCUAUUCACAGUAUUUUUCCAACUUUUUUUAAGUCAAUCCGUAUCUACUUGGUAAGUGUAAGUAAAUGAGACAAAAGAAAAAAGGAAUUUUGGACAAAAAGUUUAAAAAAUCAGCAACAUGAAAAAUUGUAUUUUUUUUUCUCUUGGGCCUAAAAAUAUGGCAAGUUACUGUAUUCGUAAAAGCAAUUUCUUAUGAAUAUUCAUGAGGAAAUGAUUGGAAGUUCUUAGUUUUAUGAAUUCGAACAAAAAUGCGAUUGCGAUGGAUGUUGUUAUAGAUAUGACUGGCUAGAUCCAAUUCAAGUUAGAUAUUUAGAGUGAAUUCAAUUCCGAAAUGCAUUAUUUGUUGCGUUGCAAUCUUGAUGCUAGUUCAUUUUUGUCAAAUAUUCAUUUUGGAUCGAUUGUAUCCUAUUGCAAAUUUGUAUCAACUGAUGCGCAAACUUCAAAGAAAAGAACAUAGAGAAAAUUCUGAAUGCUUUGUUGCAUCAUCACUGCAAAUGACGUUUAUGAAUUUACUCUUAGUAACUUUUACUUCAUGGUGCCCCGAAGGAUCAGGCCUAAAGAAAAAAACAUAAGUUUUUGUUAAUUGACUUUGGAAACUCAUCAAUUAUAUUAAAGUACUUUUACUUUACAAACAAAAGUAUUUUAUUUUCUGAAUCAAAGUUGGAAUCUAUUUUCAAUCCUAUAAAAUUGAAAGGUUAAAGUCUGAUUCGACUCGCCCUGAAAUAUCUUGUUUGGAUUGGACGUUGCUUAUAUCAAAAUUUUAUAAAAUUAAAAUUAACUGUGUUGUUUAUUUUUAAAUAUUAAGUCAUUCACUAAGCAUAGGAUAAAUUCAUUUGAAUUAAAUUCCAUUUUAUGUAUUUGCUAGCGCCAUGCCUCUACAACAGGUACAAGUAGAUAAUUUUAGGGGACUCAAGAAAUAAUGUAUUGCGGAUUUUGAUAGAAUAGUAAAGAAAAAACAAAUGUA